AUGGAUGAACUGGUAGAGUGGUGUAGAGACGUCGGACGCGAAAAUGGCUACGCCCUCGUCACCAAACGCACCAUCUACGAUAAACCCCAAAGUGGCCAGCCGUUAAAAAUUUGUCUUAUGUGCGAUUGUGCUGGCGAGUACAAAUCAACAGCCACGGUCAGACGCAGCGGGACCAGGAAAACCGGUUGCAAGUUCCAACUGAUCGGGACAUACAGAAAGAGGUUAGGUUAUUGGGAUCUAAGGGUUGAGGAAGCUAAACAUAACCACAAACCAUUUCUGUAUCCAGAGGGUCAUCCGUCACUAAUGAGGCUGACUACAUUGGAAGAGAGGACGGUGGAGCAAAUGACGCAUCAGAACAUAAAACCACGAGACAUUCUUGCUGCCAUUAAAGAACAGAACCCCCAUAAUGUCUCAACAAGAAACACCAUAUACAACGCUCGGGCCAAAUUGGGUCGAAUGGAACAAGUCGGCAAGACUCCAAUGCAGAUACUUUUCGACCGGUUGGAGAAGGUUGGGCAAAGCUUUAAAACAGAAGAAAGCUGGGAAAGGUUUCUUUACAAGUGGCGCAAGCUAAUUAACUCAACGACCGAUCUUGACUACAACUAUUGGUACGAGCGAAUACGAUCAAAGUUGCCAAGCAAAAAAACCGACGAGAUUAUGGACUAUUUGGAUUCAAUCUGGUUACAACAAUAUAGAGAUCGGUUUGUUUCGUUCUGGAGCGACCAACAUCUGAACUUCUGUCAACGUACAAUGAACAGGGCAGAGGGUCAACAUGCCCUUUUGAAGCAGUACUUAUGCGACUCUAGUUACACCCUGGAUAAAGUGGUACCACUUAUUGAUAAGCUCAUAAGAAACCAGGCGACAGAAAUCAAAGGCAACAUCGAAACAAGCAGGAGCCGAACAUUGGGUCCACAUAACAAACCAAUAUUUAAUCUCCUACGAAAGAAGGUUUCACAUGCCUGCCUAGACUUGACAUCCGCCGAAGUAAAUGAAAUAGAAAACUUAAAGUUAUCUAACGGUACAUGCGCGUGCCGUUUAUAUACAAGAUGUGGGUUGCCAUGCGCGUGUCGGUUGGAACCAUAUACAACGAAUGGUCAAAUGAUCCCGUUGGAAUUGAUAGACCCUUUUUGGAGAAAGUUAAAUUUGGACUUCAUACUGAAACCGAGCGAGGUGGACUGUUUCGACUUAGACGACGAACUUGUGCUUCUCAAACAACACUUAAUUGCCCAGCCGAGAGAAGUCAAGAAAAAGUUGCUUCAAAAGAUGAAGGAGUUGGACGAGUAUAGUGAUUCACCCGUUGGGUUUGGCACACAAGAGUCAAUCAUCGAACCUACCAGGCACAACUCGUUUGUCGAGUCACAAAGUUAUUGUGCUAAAACACCUAUGUCCUUCGGCGAGAUUGCGAAAGGCGCUAAGAAUCCGAAAACGAAAAAGAAGGUCGCAAAAUCAAAGGAAGAGCAACCACACUUACCUUUGCUGCCUGUCGCACAAGUUAAUAUGUUCAUGCACUUCAAAAAGUUCAUUCCAUCUUGCUUCUAUCCACACCUCAGUCACAUACAAAAUGUGCAGGGUGAUGGUAAUUGUGGGUUUCGAUCUAUAGCGGUCGCCUUAUCGCUUAAAGAGUGGGACUGGCCGUUAAUACGGGAGGAGCUUCAUGCUGAGUGCAACCGGUUCCACGAAUUAUGGAAAACGAUAAAUGAACCUGAGUAUCAAAAUGUUCUGGAGUCAUUAGUUUGGUCUGGUAUAGACGCAACACCUGGAUAUAAGUGGUUACAAAUGCCUUUCACGGGGCUUCUGAUAGCAAACCAGUGGAAUGUCCCGGUCGUCUCGUUAACAGAAAUCAGUUCUCAAACCGACACAACACUAGCGAAUGAUCUGAAUGAGCUCUGGUUCUAUCGGUUUUUGAGUAAAAAGUUAAGAAAGUUUGAAGAAAACCUUGAAAAACUUAGAUUCGGCUUAGAUCAAGACGAUAUGGCUGAGUCAUCAGCAGCUGAUGCGGCCCGUAGAGGUCGAGGUCAGGGUCGGGGCCGUGGACGUGGACGCGGACGCGGACGUAGACGUGGACAGGAGGAGGAGAUUGUACCCGAUUUUACUGAGAUGGGGCAGUUUAUUAAAGAAAUCCCCCGAGGUACGGCUGCCUAUAGGGUUUUGGGCAGAUUACGAGAGAUGGUGCUGGAUGCGCCUCAGACCAUUGAUAUUCAGUUUUUGACCGAUAUUGGAUCGAUCGGUCGGGUCCGGGAGCUCAUGCCAGCUAACUCCGCGUGGGUCCACUUAUUUGAUGCCGCCGCAGAGCAGGCCCACAGGGAGAUUACUUUAGAGUUUUUAUCUACUUUUUCAUUUACGGACACCCGGGGUGGGGGUUUACAACAUUUAUUGACGACAGACGCCGUAGCUUUUACUAUUUGCGGCAAGCCUUAG